AUGGAAAAAACAUUGGUGACUAAAUCAACUGGACUAGAGCCGACGACAUUUCCACAUGCUAAAGUUGCAUUUCCUCAAAUUAAUCUUGAUCUCACCGAUGGAAUAAAUGACAACGAAAGUAAUAUUGUUCUACAACAUAAUUGUCUUCAUGUUGCUGCUUGGAUUGAUGAAGAAAAUGAUCCUUAUCAAAUUAUUUCUUAUUGUAUGAGUGAAUGGUCCUCAAAAUGGAAUAUUCGAACAACUUAUCAAGAUCAAAACUUUACUUUUGCUGAACUCAACAAGCUAAAUAUUACUAGUGAACAAUUAUAUCUUUGGUCGGCACCAAUGGAUGUUGUUGAACAUUAUCAAUUUUAUUUAAAUCUACUGUUAACGUCAAACAUAUUAUCGUCAUCAAUGGCAACACAUAUGUUCUAUAAUUGUACAUCAUUCAGAUUUGGUCCAUUGUGUCAAUAUUCAUUAGAUGCUUACAAGUCUCAUCAUUUAACGUUAAACGAGAUUAUUCAUGAAUUUUAUCGACACGAAUAUAAACCAACAACAUUAACAUGUUACACUCAUUUACAAUGCAAUCGUGGUUCAAUAUUUGCAUGUCUGGACUGGAGUGAAAUAUGUGAUGGUAUCGUCGAUUGUCAAAAUGGAGUCGAUGAAGAAUCUUGUUGGCAAAUGGAAAUAAAUGAAUGUGAAGAUAAUGAAGAUCGAUGCCUAAAUGGACAAUGCAUACCUAAAACAUUUUUUCAUGAUGAUCCUAAUGUUUUUGAAUGUCUCGAUCGUUCAGACGAAAGAGAUCUUUGUAUUCAUUGGACAUCGAUUGAAAAUGGUUGGUGCGAUUGCGGAUAUAAUGAAUACGGUUUCUGUGAGGAUGAAGAACUAAAUAUUCACUAUAUCAAAAAACAUAUCUCAUUUCCAAUAAUUUGUGAUGGUUUUACAGAACUAAUACCUGUUAUUAUAGAUGGACGAAAUGAAACCGAUGAAACUGAAUGUGAAUAUUGGCAGUGUAAUAACACUUAUACUCGAUGUAAUGGAUUUUGGAAUUGUCUGAAUGGAGCAGAUGAAGUCGAUUGUGAUCAAUCACCUAUUUUGAAAUGUCCACUUCAUCAUCACAUCUGUGUCUCACCUGACACAUACCAAUUUAUGUGUUUGCCUCUUACACAAGCCAAUGAUGGAAAUAUUGAUUGUCUUGGUGCUACUGAUGAACCACAACUCUGUCGAUCGAAUAAUCAUGAACUGAGCAAUGUUAACUUUCAUUGCACCACUGGUGAAUAUGAACAUUGUACAUCUUAUGUAUCUGUAUGUUUCAAUAGACAAUGUACUUACAAAGAUUAUGAUAAAAUUUGUGACAAUACUCUGAACAACAAUAACUACUGUACUAUACGUAAUGACAAAUAUAUAACUGUUCGUUCUGAUAUUGCAAAUUUCUUUUGUAAACGUCCAAUCGAUUUUGAUAAAUCACCCUAUACAUAUUUUUCAUUGGAUAGAAUUAACAACUCAAUCGAACAAAUAACGAAAAAAAAACACAAAAAUAAUAAAUUCAUCUAUUACUCAACAAAGCGUUAUUCAACAUCAACAACAUUGUCAUCGUGGUCUUGUUGUUAG